AUGGCCAUGGCUCAGGAAGAAAUCCAUGUGGCCCUCCAUGAGGAAUCUCAAGCCCCGACAAUUGGCCACAGUGGGAUUCCUGAACCUGCAGAGCUCGAAACUCAAUUGGCCCUCCAGUCAGAUUGGGUGCAGAAGAACAUCAAGCACUUGCUGUACCAAGAAUAUGCAAGGUCCUUCAAGAAUGUGGUUGGGCAGUGGGCUGUCUUUCGUGAGAUCAUGUCAAAUUUGGUUGCUGUCAACCAAUCACCUGAGGCAGAGGCCUUUUGGCAACUCGUGAGAGAGAUCCACCCUACCAGAAUGGCAUCUUCGAAGAAGUUGGCAGAUUCCAUUGACAAAGAGACGUCAGAGCUGAAGGAAUUGAUCACCAAUCAGGACUUCACACGAAGAUUUGGAGCCAAGGCGACUGACGGGGCACAGAAGUACAAAGAGCUCCAACCAAAGCUGCUCAAGUUGUGGUCCAAAUAUGAGGAAGAAGCUGCAAAGUGUGAGGCCGCUGGCAAGGUUUCUCAGGAUCUCUUGACCCAGACUGAGCAACACCGAGAUAGGUGGUUCUGGUUUCUCGAUUUCCUGGGCAAGAGCGCUGCCGUUGGAAGUGCAAGCCUUUUCUUUGGCUCAGCCACUUCGAUUGGAUACCUCUACCACCUCUACCAGGCCAAAGCUGCUGCCAUGGGAUUGGCAAAGGCCAAGUAUGCAGCAGCCAAGAAAGCUCUAGCAGGGAAAUCUGUAACGGUUCAUGUAGCAGCUGCAGAAGCAAAGGCCGCGCAAGCAGUUGCUGCCCAUGAUGCUGCUGCAGUGACCUCAGGGAACCACGCUCUCCAAGCUGCCUCUGGAACUGAGGUUGCAAGAUGUGGCACAGGCCACGUAUCAAGCCGCUUUACAAUUGCAGAUGCAGCCUCCGCUGCAGCUGGUGCAGCUCACAGCGCGAUGUCUGGGGCCGCUGCAGAGGCAGCGUCUGCUUUGUCCAACAUCAACUCGCAGCCGGUGGUCUGA